UAUUUGGUGUCUGUGUUUCAGGAUGUCUGUCGGCUGGGCUUUUGUAUUUGCCUGUCUGUUGAGCGCAUGCUUGGCCCAAGAAAGAAGACAGUUGGGGUUUUUGGGAGUACGAGGUAAAAAAGACGGGACAGACGAAGAGUUCAAAAGGGCGCCUACGCUUGGGUUCCAGGGUUUAAGAGGGAAGAAGGAAGACGUGUCUGACUACGAUGUCGAGGAGUACAAGAGGGCACCGCCGAUGGGUUUCCAAGGCGUGAGAGGGAAGAAAGGCCCGACAAUGGGCUUCGUCGGGAUGCGAGGGAAGAAAGACGGCUGGGACUAUUUGCAGGAGGAAGAGAAGCGGGCCCCCGCGUCGGGUUUCUUUGGUAUGCGGGGUAAAAAAGCUCCCGCUUCGGGAUUUUUCGGGAUGAGAGGAAAGAAAGGACCGUCGAACGCCGGCUUUUUUGGCAUGAGAGGAAAGAAAGGGCCGAGCGGAUUUCUCGGCCUAAGAGGAAAGAAGGACACUCCCGACGACAUCGACUCCCUCCUUCAGUUUCUAACAGAAUCUAGACGAGAAAUGGAAGAUGCAAUGGAUUCAAGAGAAAAGAGGUUAGCUGGAAUGAUGGAUCCAUUUGAAGAUUAUCAAAUGUUGAAUGAGCCAGAUCUCUUAUAGAUUAUUAAAUAUUUUUCCUAUCCUCCCCCCACCUACAAUUGUCCCUUGGCCCUACUGGAUUAUUAAUUAAUAAAAUAACCAACCAUAAAUGUCAACCAUAUCUUAUCAAUAAAAAUGAAUAUAGAAUGUAGGUAAUUGAAAUGUAAUAUAUAUAAUA